AUGUUGAGAUUACUUCGAGGCUUAGUGGCGGGGUUUUUACCAAAUAGCAAUGAACCUAACUACGAAUUAAUCCAUUCAAACGGAAAUUCUUCACCGAUGUCAACGACUUACACUAUCAACGACGAUACUUUUUCCCAUUUAAAGCUAUCUUUCACAAGAUUCCUCUUCUUCCUCAUACCUUCGCCAAUACAACGUCGACUGCAACCGGCUCAUUUCAAGCCUCAAAGAUUGUACGCAACGUCCUAUCUCGAUGGACUUCGUGGAGUCGCUUCCUUGAUAGUAUUUUUCUGUCACUACACCGAGGGAAAUGUACAAUUUAUGAUACCUUCAUAUGGCUUGCCAAUAGGUGACCCAGUUCCAUCCUCUUUCAUGCAGCUACCUUUUCUUCGAGUACUAUAUAGCGGACGACCCAUGGUUCAUAUAUUCUUCGUCAUAUCUGGAUUUGUUUUAUCAUUGAAACCGUUGAAGUUAGCUCGAGCCCAUAAUUAUGCCGAUCUCCAAACGACCUUGUCAUCAUCUGUCUUUCGUCGGGGAAUGCGAUUGUUUCUGCCUACCAUCGCCUCUACGUUCAUGGUCAUGAUAUUCAUUCGUCUGCGUUUGGUUAGGAUUGAAGGAUUUGAGACAGCCUCACAACAGUUUAUGGAUUGGUUGCAUGCAAUCUGGACGAUAGCUUAUUCUUGGGAUUGGGAUAAGAUAUGGUGGCCAAAAUACGAUGUACAUGUUUGGACGAUUCCCAUUGAAAUGGCCCAGUCUAUGUUUCUCUUCGUCACGAUUACCGGUUUGGCGAGGUGCAAAGUAUGGAUUCGCCUCUUCAUGUUCGUUGUCAUUAUGCUAUACAGUCUCAAGUGUGGCCGAUGGGCUGCGUUUGAAUUCAUUGGCGGGGCGCUGGUGGCAGAAGUGGGACUUAUUCAACAAGCACGAGCUGAACGAAAUUCCAAUAAAGAGAUGCCAGUCUCGGACGAAGAAUCUUCCAAUUCAUGGCAAACAUCGGUAGUUUAUGCAUUCUGGAGUAUGAACUUUGUCUUUGCCAUGUGGAUAGCGGGAUGGCCAAACAAUGAUGUACUGAGAACUCCUGGGCUCAGUGAGAUCGCACCUUAUACGAUGGAACCAUACUGGUCUCAGAGGCGACAGGAGGAACAAGCAUUCUCUUGGUUUGCAUUGGGGGCCAUGCAAGUUGUCUUUGCUUGCCAACAACUUCCUCUAUUACAAAAGUUUUUUACAUCUGGUCCAGCGCAAUAUCUUGCAAACAUUUCAUAUGCACUCUACCUUAUGCAUGGACCGUUUCUCGAUGUAUUCGCUCACCAAUGGAUGCCGAUUGUUUGGUGGGUAGUAGGUGGGCGUGAGAAUAGUGGUAUGUGGACCCGAACCUUUGCUUGGUGGGGUGGAAUGCUCGGGUUAGCAGUACCCAUUUUUUGGGCGUCAGAUAUAUUUUGGAGGGCUGUGGAUAUACCUUCUGUAGAAUUUGCAAAAUGGUUGGAGGGAAAAUGUAUUGUGAAGGAGGACUGA